AUGCUGGGGUCUUCGAACCAGCCGACACCGUCCAACUCCUCAACUCAACCGCAUCCGCAUCCGCAAUCGCAUCCGGCACCCCUCAUCAACCGUUACGCUCCACUCUUUCUAGCCGUCGAUGGCGGUGGUUCCGGCGUGCGAGCCGUGAUCGCAUCGCAUGCUGGCGUCGAAUUGGCGCGAGCUUCGGCCGGUCCAUGCAAUGUGUCAGUGGACAUUACCGAGUUGAGCCGCGUUUCCGAAUUUGAAACAGUGGAGACUGACUCCUCGGCUAUCGAAACCAAUGUCUCCUCCGAUCAGCAAGAGCGUGACGGCUCCGGUUGCGGUCACACGAAUUCUCGAAGCCGUCAAUGCCGCUCUGGCUCUCGUGCCGCUUUCCGGUGACGAGACUUGCCCGGGUCCGCACGGUCGGACCCCUGUCGCUGUCCCUAGCCUCACAUCGGAUACUGAUCAAGAGCAGUCCUCUUUGCUGGGACACUGCUUCGCCAAGGCAUGGGUGGGCGUGGCUGGCGUGGACUCGCGAACGCAGGGAUCCGACUUUGAGGACUUGCUCCGUCAAGCGCUUCGUAUGCCCACCACAGAUUUGAUCUUGACGAAUGGCGAGUACACCAGGUUUUAAUGAUCCUGGCAAUGGAUUUGUGCAUUUGACGCUGACCUGAGACGUUAUGUGCGUCUUUGCUUCAGAUGGGCACCUCUUCGCCGCUGCGUCGACGAGUCUUCCCCACGUUGACGCCACGGUGGUGAUGUGCGCAGGCACGGGCUCCGUAUCACUCGCAUUCCGCAUACAUCCCACUACACGCGAACCAAAGCUUGUGGCCUGUAGGGGUGGCUGGGGCCCCGUCUUGGGAGAUGAAGGUUCCGCCUAUUCCAUCGGCCGACUCGGUAUUCGCUCGGUUCUUUCUUACUUUGACGAGCUACAUAUGGCGUCGGCAGGCAAGGGCCCAACACCGCAAAAAACACCUCGAACCUGUCUGAUGUUUGGGGCUAUAUUACGCUACUUUGGGGCCACCACCUCAGAAGGUCUGAUCGACCGCAUCUAUUCGGAUUGUUCGACGCUUCAAGCUUCCCACGACACGGAGUCACGGCGCAAGAUUUGGAUCGCCGAGUCGGCGCGCAUCGUUCUAGAACAUGCCUUUCCUGCGGUUGUUGAAUGCGUAGAGUCAAAGAGAACCGCUUUGGGCAUUCUGGCGGAGGCCCAAGCCCACUUGGUCGACGUGGUUCUGCUCUUUGUCGAUCAGCUCCGACUCGACCUGCACCGGACAGUCUUGACUUUGGGAGGGAGUCUUUGGACAAAUUCAGGAUUUGCGCAGAUGUUUCUGGAGAGGCUCGAGGCGACACAAUGUGUGUUCAAGCAUGUCAUCAUUGCGUCGGAUGCCGCAGGACCCGCAGCAGUAUCUCUUGCGCAACGUUCGGAGUGA